AUGCACGUGCAGCUGUCGCGGCGGCGCGCCAUGUGUCACGCCACAACUGCCCUGCGAUCCAAAGAGGCGUCUCCGGCCGCCAGUAGUGACCUCCGUGAUGGUGGUGGGGAGGCCCAGCAGAGCCACGCCGAUGCCGGCGUCGAGGGAAACAGCGCCGUGGCCGCAACGUCGAUCUCUCCCGGACCGUACCGAUACGUCGGCAACAUAUUCAUUGUGCACUGUGAUGAUCACCCCUUCAAGCACUCGUGGGAGAUUAACCGCACGCUGCGGGAACUGCGGCUGGAGUACAAGGGCCAGACCACAAUUGUGCCUGACAUUCCACCAGUGAGGAAGCAGCUCUGGCGAGCGCGGCACGUGGUGAAAGUUGAUAUGCUUGACCUCGACGAGGCGAAGGCUCUUAUCGGUGUGCCGGAACACGUCAGCUUUAGCGAUCUUGCGUCGCAGAUACCGGCGACAUUCGGCCGCGUGCGUGCCGUGGCGAAUCCAGUGCUUCGUAGCAAGAUGAAUUUUAUGAAGCUGCGUCGGAUGCGGCUGCGCGAUGUGCUGCACCGUGACGCGCUUGAGCUGCGCUUGCUUGAGGAGAGGCGAAAAGCACUGGCGGAGGCGCAGCAGAACGCGGAACAACCGCCUGCAUUUCCCAUGGAAGAGGGACGGAACGAGGAGGCGCCCCACAGCGGCUGA